CGCACUUCUUUAGAUGUCUGUCGUGAUAGUCAUGAUGUUUUCAACAGUCUUCUUCCGUCUACGAAAUGAUACGCACUUGAUUGAAAAACAUAGACAUGUAUAAGGAAAAUAAUUAGCAAAUAGAUAUUUAAAAAUGACGGGAACGACCGUGACUUUGGCGACGUAUAAUUUAGUCCUCACGGGGACCAGCAGUAUUUUGUCAAUUUUGGGAGGAAUCAUGAUAUUUUUUACAUACUGUAAAAUGAGAGAAAUACGGAAUUUCACAAGAACCUUGCUCGUAUACCUUACGUUAGCUGACGUUCUCGUCUCCGUCGGGCAUUUGAUCGCUGUGAUACGAUAUUCUUACGUUUACAACGGAAUUCCGAAGACUGAAAACUGUACAUCUAACGAAGCUACAAAAUUUGAGACUACGUGUAUUGGACAGAGUUUUUUGACUACAUUUGCAAGCCUGUCAUCGUUUCUAUGGACAACCGUCAUCGCAAUUCAUCUCUGGUCGUCAAUUGUUCUAAAAACGCGACGAACGGAAAAACACUCCAUGCACGUGCUGUAUCACGUGAUUUGUUGGAUCGUACCAUUGACGAUCGUUCUGGUUCUGUUACACAAGAAUUAUUUAGGCGAGGACUACUGCUAUGGUACAGGGGUAUGGUGUGGCAUAAAGAGCAAUUUACCACCGCGGGAAAUAGAAAAAUGGAUGUACAUUGCAGACAUUGGAUGGCAAAUGGCAUGUUACCUCUCAACAUGCUUCCUGUACAUUCAUUUGAAAUUUUAUCUUGUAAGAAAAUCUCUCAUAUUGGAGUCUUUUACGGACCGACUGCGGAAUGAAGAUGUUAACUUUGUCUUUGUAUGGAUGGUCAUAUAUCUGCUCCGUCUCUGGGGAUUUACUCGAUUCUUUAUUACAACAUAUUCAGAUGCCAAGACAUUACAUAAACCACGAAUGAAAAGUUUUCUGAACUUCUUGCUACUAAUGCAAAGCUAUGGCGACAGCGGUCAAGGUUUCUGGAAUUUCGUUCUCUUUUGCAUUCUAGACAAGACUGUGAGGAAGCACUUGAAGAUUUGGUUAAGGUGCUAUUACGAGGAAGAAGAGCGGGAGAGGUUGCUAGGUGAUGUGUCUGUAAACUCACAAUAACGCGAGUGCGGUGGCUGGCAGGUUCGAUCCUAAGGUCCGGAUCCGGGCAUGCGCAGGAGACCGCUCCAGCUCUGCAAUGAGCAACAUCGCGAACUACUAAUGGAUCGGAAGUACUUGAUUAAUAUAAUAAUAUACAUUUUGUAUUACAGCAUUCUUAAGAACUCGAAAGGUGGUAACAGGUUGGUUUUUGACUGGUUUUGAAUAUGUGAUGAGGUAACUCCAUUCAGCUUUGCUAGACGCCAUUGCAUGUUAAACUCCCGUAUUGUUGGAUCCUUAUAAAAUUGUCAGAAUAUCUUUUUUACAACAUUUGCCGAUACUGAAUGUUUUAUAAAACUGAUUUGUUUUUAAAAAUUGGAUUUCGCAUAGGCUGGUAUCAAACAUUAUAGGACGUAGUUUUUGGAAACAAAUCAUUUUUAUUUCAAAUAAAGAGGACUAAACAAACAGUUAAAUGUAUGCAUAACAAAGACACAGUAUAAUGAAUAACUGCCACUAUCAGAAAUAAUACUAACAGCAAAACAAGGUGGACAUCACUCACCAGAGUCCCACAUUUCAAACAGGUAUUAAAAAAGUAAUACGGGUCACCCAAGGAACAAUAGUGUGCAAUUAUUUUAAAAUUUGGCUCGCUGUUCCACAGAAAAUUUUCAAAAAUCAAGAUUUUUUUUUACAAUUUUAGUUGAUCGCCAUCCCAGGACCAUUUCAAUGAAACUAUUCUAAAAUUCAACAUGUGGUUUAGUUGAAUAUUUCUCUAUUAUAAGCUCUGGCGAAAAAAAAUGUUUAAAUAAAGCGGAAUGAUUCCCACAA